UUCCCGACCGGAAGCGCCGCGUCUUGGUGAUCAUUUGUCCCAUGAAAUUGCCGUUCUCCGCCACCCAUCGUGUUUACCCCACCACUGCCCCGCGGGGCAGGUGUUUCUUGGCGGACGGACCCCAAAUAUAUCUCCCGGACCGUGUGCUCGGUGCGAGGACGACUGAGUGGACAGUUUUAAGACUUUGGGGACACUCAUCAGUUUAACUUGGAAGCAUUCAAUAUUCAAGUCUUCAACCACAUACGUCAAAUCGCUGAUUGCGGUAACUGCCGGACUCGAGUAUCACAUCCCAGGAUCCCACAAGACAGCCCCACCAUGGCGUCCGGAUUACCAUCAAACCCAAUCAAGAAGAUCCAGCUGGUGCGCAUUGCCCACGUCUGGUACAAGCACGAGGACAUCGAGAAAGCCAAGAAGUUCGCCCUGGACUUCGGCUUCGUAGACACAGCCCAGGUUGGCAAGACCACGUUCUACCGCGGGUAUGGCACCGAGCCCUUCGUCCUCGCCCUCGAGGCUGCGGACAAGAACGAGUUCGGCGGUGCAGCGUUCGUAGUCGAGUCGGAGGAGGACCUAGUUCACGCUUCCAAGGUAUUGCCGAAGGAGUGCAGGGCAACCGAGGUGCACGAGAUGAAGGACGUUCCGGGCGGCGGCAAGCGAGUGACCUUCUACGACCCUGUGGAUGGAUUCCCCUUCCAUCUCGUCUACGGGCAAACACCAGUGGCGUUGGAGGAUCCAGGGUUUCCUAUGCUCAAGUUCAACUAUCCUUGCGAGAAGAACCGCGGCCCCAACGAGUUCCAGCGCUUCAAGAAGCGGCCGGCGCCGGUACACAAGCUAGGCCACUUCGGCAUGUGCGUGACCAACUUCGCCAAAUGCUACGAGUUCUAUUCGUCCUACUUCAACUUCCACCCGAGCGAGCUUGUCCACAACGACCAAGGCGUCGACAACACCGUCUUCUUCCGGCUGAACCGCGGCGACGAGCUGGUCGACCACCACUGCUUCUUCUUCUUCGAGGGCCCGAAGAUGCACGUCCACCACUCGUCCUUCGAGACGCACGACUUCGAUGCGCAGGUGCUGGGGCACGACUGGCUGCGCCACCAGGGGUACACCAACUGCUGGGGCGUCGGGAGACACGUCAUGGGCAGCCAGAUCUUUGAUUACUGGUUCGACCCAUCGGGCUUUAUCAUGGAGCACUAUGUCGACGGCGACCUGCUGGACAUGAGGGAGCCCACGCACCGCACCAAGGCGGCGCCGGAUAACUUGCAUGUCUGGGGUAAGUUGUUAUCCAGACAAUGCCAGCCGGACCGUAUUGUGCUAAUUGACUCAAUAGGGCCCGAGGUUCCGGCGACGUUCUUGCAAUGAGGGUUUGAGGGUGUUGACGGCGCGCUGUUUGGUGCUAUACUGCGGCUCCGUCUCGAGAGUAGCAGUAACCUGGGAUCUGCUGCUAAAGCGAUUAGCGACUGG